GGUGCACGGCGUGCCAGCAUACGUGGACGAGCCACAAUUACCAGCGCCCGUCGCCGAUGGCACAUUCGUCGGUGAGGCCGACUUUGACGCCCUGGUCGAACCGCCACGGCGAGUCAAGACACCCGUGAUCGACGAGUUCGAGAGGGAUUUGGCCUUAGUCAAGACGAAUGCGAAGUUAAAGGCGAAGGAAUGGAGCGAGGAAUGUAAGUCAAAGAACCCCGUUUUCCUUGAAAGUUGAAGCAUUUUGCGAGUCCGCUGCCCGAUCGUCCCCAUCCCUCCCCACUUCCCCGCGAACUCCAAGAUUCCCUCUCCCCACCCAAUAUACCAUGGCAGACGACGAGCGAGCCCAGAUAUCCAAGCUGACAAGUGAUCUCGAAACAGCCAACGAAUACAUCGAGAGCCUCGAGGCCGAAUGGAAGGAGCACACGUGGGAGAUCAAAGAAAAGCAAAAGCUUCUCGCCGAGUGCAAAGCCCAGCUGGAGAAGGCCAAAGAGGAGAACCGCGAGCAGGACAAGCACAUCAAAGCCGUCGAGCAGCAGGUUAAGGAUGCCAACGAUAAAAUCGACGAGCGCGAUGUGGUCCUCGCCCGUACCCGCGAGAUGUUGGAGGAUUCGCGCGCCGCGACCAAGGCCGCUACAGACCGCGCCGAAGGCAUUAAGCAGCAAUACGAUGGCGUCGUCGAGGAUAACCGCGGCAUCCGCGCCAAAUGUCAAGAGAUCAACCACAUGCUGAGCGCUGCCAACUCCAAGCUCACCUCGUUGGAGGUGCAAGCCAUCUUCUUCAAGGAGUCUGCCGACGAUAUCCGCUUAGAGAGAGCCAAAAACAAGUCUCUGCACCAACAGAUCUCAGAACUCAAGCAAGACAUCAAGACCUUGGGUUUCAACCCAGACGCCAGCGCCUAUCGCAAGAAUAUUGACGCUCUCGCACAACAGCCAAAGACUCUCAACGAUGAGCUCGCUGCCGUGGAAUCCUCUUCCGACGUGGGAUCUGAUGGCGAAGACGACAUGCUCGGGUACUCACCUCUUCCCGUGCUUCCACAGCUGCCACCACCCGAACCCGAAAAAGUCGUCGAAUACAUUACCAGAACCGUCCAUGUCGACCGUCCUGUCUAUGUUGACCGCCCUAUCAAGGUCACUGUCUUUGUCGACCGCCCAUUCCAAGUCUCUGCCCACAACCCCGUCACGUGUUGGUUCCUGGUGGAGCUCAACAUGCUCAUUCUCUUCCUCUACUGGUUGCAACAAACCCUCUAUUUAUUUGCGAAAAUCCUCAAGAAAGCUGCUGUUGCUGCAUUCGUGAAGACCAGCGGCGAUCUGGGCUCAUCGAAAUCCACUUCUCAGAUGAAGCUAUCGAAAUCCACUCCUCAGAAGAAGCUCGCAGGCCAUCAGCCAUAUCCUCCUCCAAACACCACCGCACCAGCUGAAGGCGAAUCCAAUGUCCCUGUACAGGAAAUUCUGGACAGACAGGAAGCUCUUAUGCGAGAAGGCAUUAUGAGAGUCGGUGCUAUUACUCCGGCUCCAGCAACUCCCGCUAUCGAAGGACCCUCCGGCCACGAAGACGGACAUGAACUUUCUGAUGAACAAAUUAUCCAUGACGAACACGUUUCUGAUGAUCAAGUUAUACCCGACGAACAUACUUCUGAUGAUCAAGGUAUGCAUGUUGAACACGAAGUUCCUAAUGAUCAAGUCAUACAUAUCAACCAAGGUGAACCUGUCUCCGCAAGCCCUGGUACCUCAUACGGUGGUAAACCUCUCACCACACCGCAACAAAUUGCUCAAGCACCAUCUGCUCAGUCAAGCAAUGGUAAACCCGCCCCCAAACCCAAGGUCUGGUCCUGGCGCACAUUCCUGAAGCUCGACCCUUCCACCUUACCUUCCGUCCGCCAUACCCUCAUCGGCGCUGCAUUCCAUCUUAUCGUCUACAUAGCUCUGGCCAUUUGCUGCGACGCAUACUACGAGCGGGAGGUCUGGCUUGCUGCCAACGACCAGACCCGCGCCUUUGUCCACCAACUGCUCACACAACCUGGCGUCUACCCAACCGGUUUUGCUAGAUUCUUCUCCGUACUGCCCGAGGACUGGAAGCGCAACAUUGAUAUCCUGAUGUGGCGCAAUAUCGUCCUCCGCUGGGGCAUGCAAGUCAGCUAUCAGAUGCCUGGAUAGAUUAUUUUCCCAGGUAGAACGUCUGUCACGUCUGUCACGUCAUGCCACCUCACUUCACGUCUGCCUUUACGUCUCAAAAGCCGGCGUUGGUGGUUCUUUUAUUUCGACUGCUACAU